CUCACUACGCCGAGUAUCAUGGAUUGGUUUGUAACGGCGGCUUACUCGGAUGAGGCGAUGUAUCUGAAGCAUGACUUUAAUAGAACAGCCUCUGAUGCUGCAGCUGGAAGCGAUGGCAGUGAUGGUGACAGAGGCAAUGCUACCUCAGGCGAGGUUUCUGCAAAUGCUGCCCCAACUGAAAAUGCAACUUCUGCUAACACCCCCUCAGAGCCCAACCUCGCCGUCUUCGACGACUCAAGCCGAGACGAAGUCGAGUACGAGGGCAAAACCUACCGCUUCCUCAACCUUCUCAACCACAGAGAGGUGGAAGGCUGGAUAACACGCUACGCCGCCAACCCCGCCGUAUCAGCUGCGUCCAAGAAGCUCCACCUCGUCCCCGUCGACCUCAAAGCUAACCCCUGCAGGCGCCCAGACACGAUCGACUUCCUCCGCCGGCUCGACAAAUAGAUCAUAUUUCAGCCAGCCGAGCUCGACGCUAUGGGCUACGACUACGCCAACACCCUGCUCGUAUAUGUCGACGACCAUCUCCGCAAACCAGGCGACCCGCUCCCGAUCAUCCGCAAUGAAGCGCGCGAGGCGCGGCUAGCGCAGAUCCCAGAAACGUUGCUUAUCCGGAUCAAGCGGUCAUUUUUCGAGUACACGGAAACGCAACGAGACGACAUGAGCGAAGCGUUCUACCAGCGCUUCUGCUUUAUGCUGGCGUGGUGUCUGGUUCACGAGAUCUGCCACGCGGUGUUCGACGUCCGGUUCGCGGGGAGCACGCUGCGGAAUUCGCUUCCGGGGGCGAAGAUCCGGUAUUCGGUUAAUGAUGUGGAGAAGGAAGACGGGAGGUCUUGGGAGAGGUUUAUGUGUGGGUAUAUUAUUGACAGCUUUGAGACGGCGCAGAAUCACUCGCUGCCGGUGUGGGGGCUGCAGGCGUAUGAGUGGGCGCCGAGUGAUAGUGAGAAUGUGGAUUCCCCCGUUGAAAGAAGCCUUAGCUCGCAUCCCUGUCCACAAGCGCCGUAUCGGGGUGAGGACUGUCACCUUUGCGAAACAGUCUGGUUCCGCUUCUCAAGAUCUGAAAGACCGGAGACACCAGUAGCAAACUCACCUAUACUUAUAUCCUCCGACUCUGACAAGUCCGGCUCGAACACAUCUCAGCAGCCACCAAUCAAGGUAGAGAAUAGCAAGAAACCCGUGAAAAGAACGCCCAAGAAGACACCUACAACAAAUUCGCCUAUAAACAUAUCCUCCGAUGAGGCCGAAUCCGACGACUCUGGCUCGGACACACCAAAGCAACCACUACAAGAGGGGGGUAAGGGUAAAGAACCCGCGAAAGCGAUGACCGUGGAGACGCUGGAGCAAUCCCGGAAAGAUGGGGCGCCGGCUGAGGAGAACGAAGGUAAGGAAACUGAGCAGCCUGUCCCAAUGCAGGAAUUGUCACAGUCUUCCGCCUCCCAAAAACGGAAACGAGACGACGGCCCACCAGAAGAGACGGAAGUGCCGGCGCCCAAACGCGGGAAAAGGGACGAGGGUGAGGGUGUAAAGAAAGUAAUAGAGCCGACACGGAAAUCGACACGCAAGAGGAAGCCAAUACAGUUCUUUGGUGAGAAGUCGUAG